CACAUCCUCUCUCUAGCUAGCAAUAGCUUCUACGUCGUUGCACUAGUGGUUAAGUAAAAUAAGUUUUCAUCGAAUUGAGGUGUUCAAAUUAUUCGGAUCGAUGUCAAUGCCGUGAUCAAUUAUUGUUUAGUGCCUCAAGUGCUUGGCAAAAAUGUAAACGCUGCAGUUUGGACAACAAAACGCGUAAAAAAUUCCAUGAACGCCAAAAGAAAAAAAUCUCUUCCGAAUCGAACAAUUCAAACACACACAUAGUGCCGCACUGUUUUUACCGUCGACCUAAUAUACGUACCGCAGUGAGUGUGAGCGAGUUAAGCAGUACUGUACGGAGAUAACAUACAUUUGUGUACCUACCUCUCUUCAAGUGCUCGAAAGAAAUGAGUGAAACGCAAAGCAUCGAGAAAUCGACCACCCCCCACGAUGCAGUGAAGAGUGAAGUGCAGCAAAAUCAAGAAGUGGACGCAGCUGCUCCAUCAGUGGCCACCAGUGUUAAAGAAUCAUCAUCCAAAGAUAUCGUCGAGUCAGCAGAAGAAGCAAAACCAAUGGACACGGAUAAUGUGCAGGCACACAGCGAUCACAGCUUAAGUGUCAAACAGUUGAAUGCCACAGUGAGCAACGCCAUAGUGGACAUCAAUACGCUGACUCCGUCAACACCUUCACAGACGCCACCACAGCUGCUGGCGGCUGAAGCAUCCGCAACUGCAGCAGCAGCAGCGACAGCAACAACAUCAGCCAUACCAGAGAAUAUUCUAUCGCCACCCAAAUCAGAGACCCAAACGGAUGAAACAAAUACGGCCACGUCGACAUCAUGCUCUCCAGCAUCCGAAGGACAGCGAUCGCCAGUCGGUGAAACCGAAACACAGAUGCCACAAGCAAAGGAGCCAACAACUGCAAAACAAGAGCUGUUGGAUCAGUCAACUGCAACGGCAACGACGGUCAAUGGCACCAUUCCAAAGUCGGGAGGCAAACCGCUGGUCACGGCACUCAACAAGAAACUGAAUAAGUCAGCAUCAACAUCGCCUCGUGCAUCACGAACGCGCAAACCGAAGGCUUUGCCCAUGUACGAGAGCGAAAUCAGUGACAACAAAGUGGGCAUCAAGUUGUGCAUCAAAAAGUCAGAUGCCGUUGCCACGGCAACAGAAUUGUCCUUGGGUGCGACGGCUACAGUAACUUCUCCAACGGUGGCCCACAAACCGGCAGCUCCAUCGAAACCAGCACGGAAACGCGUUCGCAAACCAAAGCCACAAGAUAGUGAUGACGGCGAGUCUGAACCACGCAAGAAAAAAGGUGGAGGAGGCGGCAGCGGAGGCAGCAGCAACAAUGGGGAGCGACAGAAGAAAAUAUCAACAAGCAGCAGUACGGACAAGGAGCCAGUCGAGCAGAGUGCGUGGGGCCUAAAGUUACCUGAAGAAGUGCUCUUUCGUAUAUUUCAACUUGUUGUCGAUAAGGAGGGCUGUUUGCCGACACUAUUUCGCCUGGGUCGAGUGUGUUCGCUGUGGCGACAGGUUUCACUGAGGCCAACACUGUGGCGCACCAUGGAUUUGACCACCUGGAUUAAAGAAAAGUAUCGAACGGAACUCAAGCUUAAAUGGUUUGUGGAUAAUCGCUGCAGCGCUUGUACUGAAUUGAAUGUUUCCAAUUGGAAGGUAACAGACAUUAAUUGCUUCCUUCUUAAACUGUCCAAUGGUUGUCCGAAUCUUACGGGCAUCACAUUAGCUGGUUGGAAAAGUUUGACAACAGAUCAGUUGUCAUUUCUGGUCGAUAACAUGCAAAAGCUACAGCGAAUAGACUUGAGCUCUAUCAAUGUGGAAAUGAAUGCCAGCAAGAGCGCUGUGGGAAUUAAUUCACUUUGCAGUGCAUUACAAGUAAUGGGCAGUAGAUUGACCCACCUCUAUUUAGCACACAAUCGUCUUGCGGGCAUACCCAAUAUUGUCAGCAUACUUGCGGCGCAUUGUCCAAACUUGACACUCCUGGAUCUCUCAAAUGUCACCACACAGGCAACUUCACACGGCGUGCUAAAUAUCGAGAAACUACAGCAUGGAUGCCAGAAAUUAAAGGUGCUCCGUGUCACCAAUUCACACAUAACACCAAGCACAGCUAACAUGCAGGAGAUUAUGGACUCACCUGGGUUUCCCGAUCUCGAAGAACUGUCCGUGGCUGCACUGACUGAUGAAGCACGCAUCAUUAGCGAUGAUCAUUUACAGCGCAUAUUGAAGAGCAGCUCAAAGUUGAAGCUACUUGAUGUACGCAAUUGCACUCGCCUCACACACGAAAGUCUAAUUCGUCUACCGGCAUGGGAUAUCAAACAUUUAUUUCUCUCGGGCUGCUCGGUUACCCGUGAUGUGGGCUCUGGACUAGAAUUAAUUGCAUCAAAGUGGGCACAUAGUCUUAUUGAGCUGGAUCUGGCUUGGGCAAAUGUCCAGCAACCCAUAGACAAUGCACUUCGUGCACUUGCGGAGAAGGGCAGUGAGUCUCCGUUGGCUCAUUUGAAUCUGUGUGGAUCAUCCGUUUCUGAGGAGGCAGUAAAGGAAAUACUCACGAAUUGUGUCCACAUGAGCUCAAUUAAUCUAGCGUCGUGUCGUGGACUACCGCGAGGAGUGAAGCGACUAAUGCAAGGACCACAGGAGCUGCACGAAUUGCGAGAGGUACUUGGAGUGCAAUUGCGAGUGCAGUAGAUGCACUCGAGAGCGGAAGGGAGUAGAGUGAAGUAGCAGCUAUAAAAAUUAACAGAUGUCGUGGCAACAGUUCGCCAACAGUUCUGCGUAAUUGGAUUGCCACCCAACUAAUUUAAUUUGUUUCAUCACCUGUGAAAAUGGUUUAAUGUUGUUGUUCGAGUUGUGACAGCAAUGCAAUAGUCGAAAAUCGCUUCGCAUCUUCCAAUCAUGCUUUCAAUUUUUGUUUCUAGGCAGCACCCUUGAGUUAUUAUUUUAUUUUUUUGUGUAAAUGCAAUAUAAUUUAGUUGUUUCGAAUUUCUGACGCGAAAACCAUUUCACGUUACCAAUAAUAUCAAAUAUCGAAAAUAUUAA